UUUUUGCUUGUUACAAAAAAAAAAAAAAACUACAUAAUCGGGUAUCAUUUUCUACGUGAUUGUGCAUAAUUGUCUAUACGCUUAUCAUGAUCAUUUAAAAGUAGAAUUACAUGUGCGCAUGUGGUCGAGUAAUCACGAGUUAACUAUGGCAUUUUUUGCAUUUUUCAGUGUACUUUUUUCGUCUUCAAAAUUAUUUUAAAUAUUUUGUCGGUUUAUUUUAUUUUUCUAAGAAUCCGAACAAAAAUAUAACAAAUCCCUUUAAAAAGAAAUCAUGAUUUUGGUAAAAUAAUAUUUUGUUGGUUUGUUCCAACCAAGGGGUGGUGGCGCAGUUGGCUAGCGCGUAGGUCUCAUAGCUAAAACGAGUUAUCCUGAGGUCGAGAGUUCGAGCCUCUCUCACCCCAUAUUUUUUUCUACUCCAAGUAAUGUGAAAUCCGCUGGGGAUUAAUAAUUGUUGAAUAAAGUGUGAAAGCAUAUAUUGGUGUGAACCUUUUGAAUUCCAAUGUACAAGAAGGUCAAUGCAUGGAGACAGACCCAUCUCCCAUCUCCAAACGUCAGGCAUCGAUUGGGUACAAAGUUAAGUAUUUAAAAUUGUUAUAUUUCACACCAAAAAGAAGAGAAGAAAAAAAUUGACCGACAUGGAGAAAAUAUAUAAAUGGUAAUAUGAACGUUACAUCUUAAAUAAAUCCCAUAAAAAAUGGCAAUAAGUUUGUUUGUAUCCAGCGGAUAUUCUUCCCUAUAUUUAAAAUCGCCCAAUUAAUUUUGCCUGUUCCUUCCAUUUACGUCUCUAUAAAAAUAGAAAGAAAGCACCAAUAAUGAGAUUGCCAAAGCCGUCCACCACCAAUAUGGGUUUCUUCUUCACUUCUCGCUUUGUUCUCAUCAACAUCAUUGUCAUUUUCCAAUGCUUUUCACUCCUCUCUUUUGCUCAAGAUUUCGAUUUCUUCUACUUUGUUCAAAGUUGGCCUGGCUCUUAUUGUGACACAGGAAGAAGUUGCUGCUAUCCAAAGACAGGAAAGCCAAGUGGUGACUUCAAAAUUCAUGGACUUUGGCCUAAUUAUAACGAUGGAACUUACCCUUCUAAUUGUGAUUCAUCCAACCCCUUCGAUCGAACCCAGAUAUCAGAUUUGGUGAGCAGUAUGGAGAAGAACUGGCCAUCACUUGCCUGUCCAAGCAGUGAUAACACAAAGUUCUGGUCACACGAGUGGAACAAACAUGGAACUUGUUCCGAAUCCGUUCUAGACCAACACAGUUAUUUUGAGACUACUCUCAACCUUAAACAACAAGCCAACAUCCUCCAAGCUCUUCAAACAGCAGGUAUAAACCCAGAUGGAAGUUACUACAGUUUAGAUAAGAUUAAGAGUGCAAUUGAAGAAGGAAUUAAGCUGAGCCCUGGAAUCAGUUGCAAUGUUGAUGAGUCAGGCAACAGUCAAUUGUAUGAGAUUUAUUUGUGUGUCGAUUCGUCUGCUUCCAACUUCAUUGACUGCCCAAUUUUCCCAAAUUCAAAUUGUGCUUCUUCUCUCGAGUUCCCCAAAUUUUAGAGAUCUAAUGAUCUCUUGUUUGUGUUCUUUUUUCUCUCUACUUGUUUUGCUUUUACAUUUCUGUUUCCUUUGUGAUUAUGGUUCAUGUUGUUACUAAAAUUGCUUCACUUUUUAGAGAUCUAAUUUCUUUUAGUUUUCAUGGAAAAGUGUAACUGUUGCUCUACCAAUUUGGGUUAAAAUAUUAUUGAAGAAAGCUGUUAUCUAUGUUAAAAUCAUCUAA